ACAAUUAAAGGAAACAUUUCAGCUUUGCAAUGCUGCAAUGAAAGGAGGUCAGAGAUUGGCAAGGUGUAACGUUGCAUUCCCAGAAUCUCACAGGAAAUAUGAGCCACCUUACAAGUUCAGUCAUGAGCACCACUACAAUAGCAAUGCCCAAGAUGGCUUGCUAAGACUUCCUGACCUACCAGAAAACUCAGUACGGUAUAAUAAUGAUGAAAAGUAUCAAUCAUCAGGAUCUGGUCUUGUGGAAAAUCGCUAUCGGCCUUUGCAUCCUUACAUCCAUUGUAAUGUAGACAUCAAAGAUCAUCCCCACAAAAAUGAUGGUGCCGGCGAACCUUGCAAUAUUACCAGACACACUAUGGGAUGGCAAGAACAACAUGACUCCUCUCAUUUUGCAGAAGAAGAUGAUCAGUUUUAUGAUCCACAUGACUCAUUUACUCGGGCUCCAAAAGCUGCCGUCAAACCACCAGAGCUUGAUAUCUCAUACAGAGCUGCCAAUUUGCUGGAGAAUGUCAAGAAGGCACUUUGGAUGUCAACUUACAAACGUGACUACACAGGCACAGGUUCCAUGAACCCGCUGCUGCUGGACGAUUAUGAUGCCAAGGUUAUAGGAAGAGCAACUGGAGAACUGGGCAAAUAUGUGGAUCUUAGGGAAUCAUUUCCAUCAGCUACUUCCCAAGUGAGACCUUUAGAAGGGCGCAUUGCCCGAGCACUGCAAGGUAAACAAAGCCAUAUCUCAAACUCUCAACAGAAGGAUUGCUCAGAUGUUCAUAGGCCUUCCUUUCACUAUACUGACGACUCACCCAGAUGUUCGGUGGAGAUGUGGAACAACAGCAAAACAUCACCAGAUGCAUUUCAACAGGAUUCAGAUGUGGACAAAAGAGCACAGAAACUGAUCGAGUACUUGCUUCAGACUCCAAUUCAGCCUCAAAGAGAGUAUCAAGGAGAAAUCUGUCAAAUUAGGAAAUUCCCACAGAACAAGUAUCAGAAGAUCACGGACACAUGGAAAACAGAGAAGUUGUACCAAAGGCAAAUUGACAUUCCACCUGAACCAGAGCCAACUCUGAAACCUGCAGACCCUAUUUACUAUGAAGAUUUGCCACCCUCCCGUUUGAACAGAUAUAUCAUAUGGCACCACCCUGUCAGUCUCAGUAAACCAGGUGCAAGAAAUCAAUUCGUUGGGAAACAGACAAACAAGCCAACUCCCACGCCUGUUCCUGAUCUCAAUGACAUUCAACAAAGCCCCUCAUUCCCAAAAUGGAUUCCUAAUUGUGGAGUGGCUCGGCCCCAGACAAAGUUACUGGAUAUUCAGAAUUCUUUUUCAAAGGGAGGUGCCAUCAAGUAUUUGAGAGAGCUCACUCGAGGAGGAAUAAGGGACCUCCGGGAUCACGACAAGGAAGGCAGAAGGCAUACAUUCCAGGGCAUUAAUUCCGGUUUCUUUCACUGACCCACUUCCUUAAUCUUUCAGAUAAAAGAAGAUAAGGAGUGAUAAAACCUACACUGGCAUUUCCGCCAAUUGAAGCUGAAUUGUGUUCUUUCCCAUUCUCCUUUACACUUAAUUCUCUUAGUGUUCCUGUUCAUACACAAAUCAUUGAUAUAAUAUCCUCAAAACCAAAAGCAAAAAAAAGUGUUGCACGAUGUAUUGGUAGACUUGUGGGUGAGUUUCCAUAGAUCUCUAAGUUUUUUUCCUAAGAUUCAAAGCAGGGGUGAAGAUCUAUAAAAAUUGUUUGAGGCUUUCAGAAUCCUGAAACAUAUCCAAAUUUGUGACAUUUUCCCAAUAAAAUGCUACACACAUGCACUAGAGGGCAUAGGAAGCAUUUUAAAUAUA